CAGAACAUCAGCACAGAAUCCACUGCAGCCUGAAGUUCAUAUAUGAAAUAUGAUGCUACCACAUGACCUGCACCAAUACUGUGGAGAAAAUGAGGGACCUGAAAUCCUACCAAGAACCUUUGAUUCAAAUGAGGUACUAACUCCACUUCAAAUUCCUUCUUGUGCAACUGUCUCACAAGACAGAUAUAAAGAAUUCAGGAAAUUCCUUCAUUGCUGCAAUCUUCCCUGGAGAGCAGAAGGGGAGCAUGGAGGAAUUGCACUACCUGUACUGCCAGAAGAUAAGAGAACAAAGAACCUCCAUGUACAUUUGUUAAACGACAAAAGACAUAAAUGCCUUAUGGUAGUGGUAGGCCUUCCUACUCAACGAUACUAUGACAUCACUCAGCUGAGGAAAAAAGUGUGUGUGUGUAUGAAUGAUGAACUGCUUUGCAAAACACCAGGCAAUAUGGCUAAACUACUGUGCCUGCCAUUUCCCCCCUCUCAGCCCUACCCUGCACACAUUUCUAGGUACACCGUGUUCCCAAACUUCAGAUCAAGAACUGAGGAUCGAGACAGUGGGAUCAGUCAUCAACCUUCUCAUACCAAUAUUUCUAGCAAGGUUUUUGACAUGGUUGUUCUGAGGAAGACCAGAGGUAAUAUGUUCAGGCAUGAAGCUGCCAGUAUUCUCUCUGACUUCCUGAAGAAGGCUGUGCACUGGCAAGCACACACGUACUUCCAACUUUCUAAUUUUGUUGAAGAAAAGGGUCACAUGUAUUAUUCAAAUCCACCAAAGAUAGUGGCCCCCAGCUCCACUUUUAAACAGCUAGAAUAAAAUCUGUCUCCAAGAACAACCAACAUGCUAUAAAACACUGUAAGGGCUCUGGAAAUCACAAUAUACAGUCAGGACUUCACAGCAUUUGGGAUAGCAGAAGAGGACCUAGCCCUUAUCCUGGACAGCUACCACAUGAAAGCAUUUUGCAUAUUAAUUGGAGAACUAGGUGAAGACAUGGAACGAGUAAAUACUGCAUUUACUAAGAAUCUUGUGCUUCCACCACAAGUAAUACUGGCAAGAGUAUUAUCAGAUUCAGCUGGCAGAAUUAAACCUUCCCUUCGAUAA